AUCUGUAAAUAAUAACACGGAAGUACAUCGUCCUUGUGGGUGAGAGGAGACACGCUAUCGCAGUUUCAGAGCGCAGCUCGUUCACAUGCUGUGCUCAGUUUAAUCAACAACUAUUCGUGUUCAAGACGAUCGCUGAUAGUUCUGUAAAGAUAACAGCAGACUGCGAGGUUUCCAGUAUAGACAGUCUUCCCCGAAGCAUAAGAAAAGCCGCUGUGUUUGUAUUAAUGGAAGAGGCGAGAGUGAGACCCGUCUGUGAAAUGAAAGAAGAGAUGGAUAUCUGCGCAUCCUCCGCGUCUCUCCUUGAGGAAGAACUCGCCUCUGCUAUCGAGCCUGCAGUGAAAGCGGCUGUGCUGAGCGUCAUGUCUGCGUUAGCAAAGUUCGUGGACAGUAAAUGUGCAGUUUUCAAUCUCAGACUGGACCAAAGAGACCAAGAAUUUGAAAGCGUGAGAUUGCGAUUGGAAAUAGCGGAGAGCGAGUUGAAAGCAAUGCGAGACGGAGAAUACACGAACACUGGCGAUAAGAACUUCACACAAUCUCUCACAAACACCAAUGAACAAUACUGCGGGGUUGACAUGGAUGUCCUUCAUGUCCCCGAGCUGCAGCAGGAAGAGCACAGAUUGGUCCACACGAGGACAGCGAAAUGGAGACACACAGUGGAAGGUCCUUCAGAGAGAAAUGCUCUCUCUCAUGCUGAGGAAGGGUCGAAGGCAGGAUCAGUUCCCAUUCAAGAGGAGCUCUUUGACCAGGAAUGGUGCAGGAGUCCAGAGCAGGCUACAGAGCUGACAUCUAUUGAAGGGGAGGAGGAGACACCUGCACUAGAUCCUGUCCACAUUAAUGAAGAGAUCCCUGGAAUUGAACCGGUCAUCAUUAAAGAGGAAGUUCUUGAACUUGAAUCUGACCCCAUUGAAGUGGGGGGUUCUGACCACUUUGAAAAACUGCAGCAAAUUCACACAGGAGAGAAACUGCAUCUCUGCCUAGUAUGUGGGAAGAGUCUCAGUACAUCAACAGAGCUGAAAAGACACCACCGAAUUCACACAGGAGAAAGACCGUACUGCUGCACUGAAUGUGGAAAGAGUUUCAAUACCUCUACAGAUCUGAAAAGACACCAUUGCAUUCACACAGGAGAGAAGCCGUAUUCCUGCACUCAGUGUGGGAAGAGUUUUAAACAGUUACACCAUCUUAAAACACACCAGCUAAUUCACCAUCAAAAUAAACUGUUUCACUGUAGUGGGUGUGAGAAGAGUUUCACUCAGUUAGAAACCCUGACAUUACAUCAGCAAACUCACACAGGAGGGAAACCUUAUAGCUGUACUGAGUGUGAGAAGAGUUUCAAACAAGCAUCACAGCUUAAAGCCCACCAGCGAAUUCACACGGGCGAGAAACCGUAUCAUUGUGCUGACUGUGGGAAGAGUUUCAUUCUGUCUGGAGACCUGAAGAGACACCAGCGAAUUCACACAGGAGAGAAGCCGUAUAGCUGUGAUCACUGUGGGAAGAGAUUCACCCUCUCAGGAGCACUGACAGUACAUAAGCGAAUUCACACAGGACAGAAGCCGUAUAGCUGUGAUCACUGUGGGAAGAGAUUCAGUCAGGCAGGAAAUCUGAUGUCACACCUUCGAGUUCACACAGGGGAGCAGUCGACUCACUGCGCUCAAUAAGAGAGAUGUAAUUUUCCACUCCCAGUUGUAAAAGCACAGAGUAUCCAGACACUUCACUAGGAACAGUAGCACUGUGCCUCCAUCACAAGAUGACUCAGUCUAGUGGAAGCGGAGAGUAUAUAAGACCCUGAGAUGCAAUUUGACUUUUUGAUCCCUUUGUCAAAAUGAACUUGUCUUCUGAUCCCUGAUUAUUAAAAUAUAAAUCCUG